GAGCACAAAGACAGUUCUUGUGGCUUUUCUCUGAGGCCACAACCAGAACCCAGGAUCUGUGGCACCUGCCAUAGGCCUGUGAAGUCACCACCUAGCCAAGCAGGAUAACUCCAGCAUGCAAUUCUGGCAGUUGGGAGAUAGAGGGAGGAUGGUCAGCCUGGGCUACAUACAGAGUGUGUUCCCGGUCAGCCUGGGCUACAGUGAGAUCCCGUGUUCCAGGUCAGCUUGGGCUACAUACAGAGUGUGUUCCAGAUCAGCCUGGACUACAGUGAGAUCCUGUCUAAAAGCUACAUCUUCUGGGGAGUUACUCUGUGGGGAACUGAUGGAGGAAGGUCAUUGGCUAAUAAAGAAACUGGCUUGGCCCAUUUUAUUGGUUAGAACAUAGGUGGGUGGAGUAAACAGAAGAGAAUGCUGGGAGGAAAAGGAAGUGAGGUCAAAAGUAAUGCAGCUCCUCUCAGAGCCAGACGCCUCAGACAGAGAGGCAUGCUCCGCUCUCCCGGGCAGAUGCACGCAAUGAAGCUCCUCCGACCCAGGAUGGACGUAGGCUAGAAUCUUCCCGGUAAGCGCACCUUGGGGUGCUUAUACAGAUGAUUAGAAAUGGGCUAAAUUAAUAUGUGAGAAUUAGCCUAGAAGAGGCUAGAUAGAAAUGGAUCAAGCAGUGUUUAAAUGAAUACAGUUUGUAUGUUGUUAUUUCGGGCAUAAGCUAGCCAGGCGGCCGGGGUGCUGGGGACGCAGUCCCGCCGCAGCUCCUAUUUCAACAGGGGACUGAAGCAUGGCUAUCAGCGGAGCAUCUGGCUAGCAUGUGUGAGGUCUCAGUUUGGAAACAAAGGCCCACCGCCUGUGUCAGCCACUAAAGAGUCAUUUCAUCAGUGGGCUUGAUCCAAGUGAGGAAUAGGGAAGAGUUCCAGAAAUCCACAACAACAACAACAAAAACAAAAACUACUUAGAAACACAGAAAAGCAACAAGCAGCCUGAGCUGCAUAGGUCAUGGGUGGCAGAGGAGAGAGAGAAGCCACUUCCAGCAACUAAAGCAGACAAAAUCCUGACUCCAGGACAGGCCCAGAGCUCUCACAAGGGAGCAAGGGAGACAAGCCAGUGGUAGAGGGAAACCCUGUCAGAAUGCGGCAGUUCCCGCUGAGGUUAGAACCUUCUGUCUGUAGGGAACCCCUAUGAGACUCAAGGUAUUUACAGGGGGGUAAAACACUCCAUCCCACAGAGAAGCUCCUUAGGUUAAGGAAGGAAACAACUCAAAACAGGGAUCUGCCCGCCUCUGCCACCACCAUUCCAAUGCUGGAAUUAAAGGUGCGGGUAGUGUCCUUACUGUACCUGCGGCUUCUCCUCCUUGUCAUUCACUCUCCUUCCUCCUUUUCAGCACCGUUUCCCAGGCACCUGCUCUGUGUCUGCACACAGAGCAGUACACAGCAGCGCUGAACUGAGACCCAAAAGCCCGGGAGCAGGGAGGCGAUGAGGUCGGAGGUAGCACAGAGAAGAGCAUCAACCACACAUGGCCUAUCCCAGAAGCCUCCUCCCAAGGCUCUAAGAGGGAGUGGCGCUUCCGGCUGCUCCCAUAGGCCUCCUUGCCAGGAGGCGGGAAACCUGUGUCACAGCUGUCCUUCAGAGCAGGGAGAGCCAAUCAGCGCAGUGGCCGUGCUGGGGCCUCUGCUCUGGCUGCUCCGCUGGUGGGAGGUCUUCCUCCAUGUCCUUCUCUAGAGCGCUCCACACUCUGGGUCUUCACUACUUUACUUCGCUGUAACCGCGGUACAGAGGUGGAUGCACAGAGCGCAAUCCUGGGAAUUCCCACUUCCCGGGAAACUGAGGUAACUUGCCGUGCAAGCCCCACCCUUCCACAGCCAUGGCAUCAGGACGCUCAUGCCACUGGGAACUCAACCAGCGUGGAGGGAGUCCGAGGCCGGCAGAACAGACCCAGACUGCACCAUACUGCAAAGCGAAGUCAGAAGCCUGGGGGCCUCUGGGCCCUUGGCACCUUUCCCUCCCUCCCAGGACUCCUGUCCAACCGGCACAGGAUAGGUCACAGGUGCAAAGGGUCUUCCUGGCGCCUAGCGACACAACAGACGUGCAUGACCGAGAAAGCCCAGGUGCCUCCUGCCGCGGGCUCCGAACCGCCGCCUUUUCUUCCAACCAGCCAGUACCCGGUAGGCUAGCCUGGUAGCUCCAAUCUCAAGGUCUAUCUGGGCUCCAGUCCCGCCACAAGCCCCGCCCCUCCCUAGCCCCGCCUACCAGGCAAAUCUGCCACUUAAGGGUUAAUGACUAAGCCAACAGUUCACAUUCUGCUCUCCCUGGCCCAUCACAGGGGAGACUGAGGAGGUGGUUAUCAGUGACUAUAGAGCCAAGAGAAUGUACAGAAGGGACUACUGUAGCCAGGAUAAGGUGCUGAGCUUCUGAGCCUUGGGCCAAAGGAUCUGGGAGGGGCAAAGUCCUCCACCCAGGAGGGGAGGGGCUAUGGAGUCCCAAGGCCAGGGCCGGACCACCAGGAUCACCAACGGCAAAAGAGUCACCCUUUUCCAAGACAAGCAGGGAGGUGCGGCUGUUGAACCACCAUCACUUCCUGCAAGGAAGGGUGAGCCUGCUUUGACAUACCAAGACCUCUAUUACAGGCCUUCCCUGGCCAGGAAGAAGGCUGUAUAUGACUUCCGGGUGAGGUGGCCAGAACUGAUUCUCCUGGACCAGAAGAAAAUGGAGGAACUCCCCCUAAUUGGUAAAAGCACCUCUGACAAGCAGGUCCAUGAGGCCAGUACCUGCUCCUCAGGGAUCAGCAUCAGCAACACAGACCUGGAGAGCACUCCCAGUGAGUGCCUGGAUUCCAAAGGAGAGGAAGGCCCCCAACCCCUUCCUGCACAGUCUCCAUAUAUGACCAUUCUCAACAGCUAUUUGAAGCCAGAGUCGAUGACCAGGCUGGAGAAGAAGGUGAGGAAGAAGACCCUGGAGGCCAUGCAAAAGCUGGAGCAGGAGAUGGAAGCAGUUAAGAGACGGAGGUGGGCACUGAUGAAGGACAUCAAGGAAGUGGAGUGCGAACAAAAAGAGGACAAGCACUUCCUGGAGUUCCUGAAGCAGAGGAAGGAGGAAAGCCAGAGGAAGUACGACUCCCUGUGGAAAGACUACAGACAACAGUGUCAGGAGAUUGAGGUCAGGAGGCAAGAGCUGGUUGGCACCUUCACCUCCCACACAGCAAGCCUCCAGAAGAAGCUGUUGCAGGGCAGGAAGAUAGAGCUAGGCUUCAGGAAGAAGCUGGAUGCCCUGAGGCCUGUAGCACAGAUAAAGGAGAGCCAGGACAGAGAGUUCCAGGCCUUAGAGCAGGAGAAAGCCAGCAUAGCAGCUGACUUGCCCUUCAUGGACAGAGAGGCACACUUCCAGUUCCUGAAGGAAAGGGCCGCCCUAGAGAAGCAGGUGGAGGAGCUGAACCUGCUGGAGUCAGGAGAGAACACCACCAGAGAGCUGAGGAAGAAGGCCAAGGCCUUGGAGGCUUUGGCCAAAAAGGCUCACAAGGACUUCUGCCAGGGUGUCAUUGCUGAGAACAGGGAACUGCAAACACAGCUCCGGCAGCUGGAUAAGGAAUUCUGUGAGCUGGAAGCCAGGAGGGAGAAGCUGGAGCAGCGAAAGCAGCGGUGGAAGGAGCAGCAGUGGUACCUGGAGGCCCUGGCCCGGGGGAGGGAGCGCCUGCAGCAGCAGGAGUACCGACCCCCCAAACCACAGGCUCCACACCCAACCCAGGGCCAUCUACUGGGUGCCAGGCCAGGAACCAAUCCUAAGUAAUGGCUGCUGUGUCCCAGGAAGCAGACUAGAGCUGAUGUUGAGGGUAGCACACAAGGAAUGAAGAUGCUAUCAGGCUAAUACAGAGGACAGAAGCAGCAAGGGGGAUGGAGGACUGAGCUUCUCAGAGGGGCAGGGGGUCCUGGCCUGGCCUGUCUCUCAGGCUUGGCCCCCUCACUCUAACCCGAAGGGCUGUCCUAACCAAAAGCUUCCCCACAUUCGGGAAGUUUGGUUCUUUAGCCCCCAUACCUUCCACACACGACAAGUUCCCUGUUGUAGUAUAGACUUGGGUGCUCACUGCCUGCUCUAGUGUGGACGUCAUGACGACAGGGUGCAUUUGUAAUCGGCACCUUCCCCAGCCACCCCAUUUCACAGGAGUAGGUUGGUGUCUCAGGGGGGUGGGUGCAGGGUGUUAUCCGGGGAAUUGGGUUCUUUGUAUCUGUGUGUCGCCGAGGCUGUACGGUCUGCAGAGCUGUGGGUCGUGAUGUGGCAUGCGGUCCCAGGUUUGGGCCUGUGAUCCUGUAUGACAAAUAUAGCCAGCUGUCUGAAUCCCGGGCACUGCUGCAGGCAAAAAGCCUCAGUAUUUCAGUGCAGAAUUUUAACUUUUACUGAAACUCAUUUAAAGUGCUGAAAAUGAAUUGCUGAGUGUACCUUUGGGUUACAGAUUUAAAUUGCAUGUGAAAUGCUUUGCUCCUAAACAAUGUUAUUGAAAAAGUAAAAGCCUGCCUGUGAUUCAUUCAAAAUAAAAGUCUAUUUAUCGUUACCCAAAACAAAAGCCUACUUGUGAUUAUUCAAAAUAAACCACGAAGGUGAGAGAACACCACGGGAAGGAAGGUGGAAGAUGGGAGCGUGACAGUGGAAGACUUAAGAUCAAAGUUUCCGUACUGGCUGUCCAUUUGCUGGGCAUAAGACAUCCUAACGGUUUAAGAUGGAAUGGCACCAUGGCCAGGAGGUCCAGCAGGUGGUGGCCAUGUCCUAGUAUUUGAAGCUGAUGGACAACCACCCCCUCUGCCAUCUCCAUCCAAUUCCCUAUGCAGCAUUUACUGCUGUGGAUGUCAUGUGUGGCCCCAUGUCAGUGUUUCCAGUGGUCAGAACUGAGCAGCAAAGAACCAAAGGGUGAUAGCAGGUCAUGUGAUACCCCAGCACCUCAUGAAGACUUAGUCCAGUAUGGAGUCUUUAGGGAGAUUUCAGUCACCACUUUCCCCAGCACCACCCUAUGCCAGCCUGUCCUAACAGUGGCUCUCCAUCUGCCCUGCAUAUGUCUCAGGGUGGAUUCCUGGAUUCUGCCUCCUCUGUUCCAAGCGCCCAGGGGCCCCAGAGUCCUCAUCUGCUGAAUCACUGAGUUGCCACGUUUUUGGU